AUGUCCUCCCCAACCCUAACUCUCUCUUCUCCUCUCCCCUCAACGCGCCUCCCUCCCGCGGCGCGUGCCGCUCUCCCACCGCCUGCCGAACCUCUCGCCGUCGAGCGGCCCAGCAGUGCCGCGGAUCCCCCGACCGCCGGUCUCGUCCUUCCCAGCUGGGCCACCGCCCCACCCGUUGAUCCAGCCAUCCGUCGCGGGCCUCCGGCCGGCCGUCACAACCACCAGUCUCGUGGCGGCCAGAUCCCCAACGUCGCGUCGCUCUCCAAGUGCCGCCUACGCCUCCUCAAGCUCGAGCGGGUCAAGGACUACCUCCUCAUGGAGGAGGAGUUCGUUGCUGCGCAGGAGCGACUCCGCCCCCAGGAGGACAAGGCCGAGGAGGACCGAUCCAAGGAAGCCUCGGUCCUGCCCCCAAGGAACCGGGAGAUGGGUGUGUUUGAACUCAAGAUCAACCAUUUAGUACUGGAUUGCGCAUAUUGCCAACAACCCCUCCGGCCUGACCAGAUCAGGGGCCAAGCGUACACGUGCGCUGGCGGCCACAUCUAUUGUGGUGCCUGCACCCGCCGACACGAAAAGGCAUGUAUCUCCAACUGCCGUUUGCUGGACCGCACCAUCGCUCAGAUGAAGUUCAAAUGCAUCUUCUGCGACUCUGGGGGCGAAUACAUCCCCUACUGCAAGUUUUUUGAACACAGGUGCAACACCGACGUCGUCGAUCCCAAGCUUCCGGAACGGCAGAUGGAGUUCGCGUUUUACGGGGGCGGCUGCAUCAAGACAAGUCUACUUGUCUGCUCUGAAUGCGAGCUUCCUCUCCGACCUCCUAUUUUCAGGCAUAUCUCUGGUGACGUUCUCAUUUGUAGCCCCUGCUACCGUGGGGAUAUCGUCAACUAUGUUCGCUGCAGUGAGCUCGACUACCUCGUCCAAGAUGAAGAGGAAACUGAGAGACUUUCAACGUGCAGCAGUUGUAUCCAGGGAAAAAACAAGCAAAAGGCUCCUUAUGAGGUUGGUAAAAUGGACAAGCACAUUGUUCGUGGUGACGAGGUUGGGAAUGAUGAUGACUCAUUGGAUGACAACCAUGCUGAGAGUGGCUGAAAACGCGCAGAAAACAGCACCUACUGCAGCCCAGGCUAGCACGUCGACAUGUCGAUGCCUACCCAUCACGGCUCCCUUGAAGCCACCUCUACCUCAUCGCCCAGUCACCCGUCUCUUCCAAGCAGCCCACAACAGGAAUAGGGGU